CAAGUUUUCGAUUUUCCUGCUGGAUUUUCCUGAUGGAUUUAAAGUUUCGCUAAAUUUCUUUGACACUCCAGGAUGUAUGGACCAUCUCACAUGACUGAAAAUGUUGAGCGUGUCAAGCGGGCUGUGACUUUGACCACGAUGGCAUGAGCUUCACGAAAGUUGUCAUUGCAAUGAAGCUUGGUACGUAAUGUACUUUCCCCUUCUUCCUCCUCAGAGUCGAAUCACAUAAAGUUAGCGCUUCAUUCUGCACUGAUGCUCGUCAAUCGCAUCAGGAUGGCAGCCAUUUCUGCACAGCGCAGCAUCCAAUCGUCAGCAUUGCAGAAUGCAAAGCUAUGGCAUCAGACUUAUUCACCAAGAAUGGACCUUCAUAGGACAAGCAAUGUUGCCCCGCAACUUUCAAAGAGUCUGAAUGGGACAGGGAGAACUGAUUUUGAAAGCAGUAGAAGAAGCACCACCCCUGGGGCUGUCAUUGUAGCCGCUGCUGAGGUUCCUGCUUCACGGCGUGGUUUUGCAGCCAGAACAACAGAGCCAAGACCUGCCAGCUCAGCUCCAAGCGCCCAGCCCAGCACCUCGAGCAGCUACCACAAGAAACUCAAGGACAUCAUGGAUGCCCUUAGGAGACCAGUACCAGAAGAGGUGCUGAAACAGAGGCGGGAACCUGACGGAACCGUGCUUACUUACAUCCCAUGGCACAGCGCUAACCGGAUAUUGGAUCAUUACGCCCCUGGCUGGCAUGGGGAGGUCCGCUCGGUGACCUUCGGGCCCCACACGGUGACCGUAGUUUACCGCAUUACCAUCCUUGGGGCAGAUGGGGAUUCAAUAUCUCGCGAAGCCACGGGGACGGAACAGCUGCCAACAGCAUCAUCGGCUGGAGGUCCCGAUCCUGUUCAGAUGGCCGAACAGAUGGCGUUCAGGCGCGCAGCCGCUCGCUUCGGGCUUGGUCUAGAUCUGUACGGUUCCGCUAUCUGAAGGCUACUGACCGGGCAAGGGCCCUAGCUUGCAUGUGAUGUACAGUCACUUACAGAAGGAAGCUGUCUGCCAUAAAGACCCCUCCGCGACUAUGUGAUACCUCUGCGAAGCUGUUUGAUCAGUUGUCAAGCUCGCAGUUGCUAACGGUGGUCGGAGGUGCCAUAGCUUUUGAAAAGUCGCAACUUGUUAAUCUACGUAUAGCUGUCCGACGAGAAAGCAAGACCUAGGUCUGAUUGUAGAUGAUCGAUAGUUACAGAAGAGUGCCGCUGUACUCUGAUUCCCGGGCUUGCCCAUACUAUACGAGCUUGCUGUCAGUGAUGACGCCGCAGGGCCGGUUCUUCUGGUAUACUCAAACACUCCGACCUCGAGUCCCCUAUGGCAGC